AUGGUACCCAACGCGAUAAUGCGCACUGUGCUCUCAAGAGGAGGUUACGGCUCACGAGCCUUGUCCACGAGCGCACGACGAUUGCAGACGCCUAGCGGUGCUCUGCCCGUGAGAAAGCCCGUCGGCGCUUUCAGAGGAGGUCUCUUCGGCUUCUUGUUCGGCUCUCUCGCUGCUGGCGCAGGCAUGUACUUUUACGUUUUGAACGAGUAUAAGGUUUCCAAUGACCUGCUGCAAGAGGACAUUUACAACCUUCAAUCCGCCGUCCAGCGCAUAGAAGGCUACGUCAAGACCCUCGAGGACCGUGUCGCCAAGCAGAUGAAGUAA